UUGUUUUUGUAUAAUUGACUUUACCUUAUGAGUGCACCCUGAUAGUCUAUGAUGGAUAAUAAGCCGGUUGUGGACAGUGAAGAUCUUAAUAGUGUUAGCUUGUUGGUUAUAGUAGUGGAUACUAAUCCUUCCCAACGUAUAGUGCGUCAAAAUCCCGAAAAUUUGUCACAAUGCCUCGACGCCAUAGUUGCCUUUGGAAAUGCGCACUUAAUGCAAAAAGCUCAAAAUAAAUUGGCGGUAAUUUCCUGUCAUCAUCAUGCUACGGAUUUCUUAUAUCCCAUGCCGGUUAAACAAUUGGAGGUGCGUCAGGUGGAUGGUCAAUAUGAAGCCUUUAGUUUGGUGGAGAAAACCGUCAAGCAGCGUUUAAGCCAUAUAAUAACAAAUGCUCCUAAAAUAAGUCAACCCACCGAGAGUCUACUAGCCGGCAGUAUGUCCAUGGCUUUGUGCUAUAUAUCAAGGAUCCAACGUAAUAGUGCGGCUGGUGUUAAGAUACAUUCCCGCAUUUUAGUGCUAACCGGUAGUAAUGAAUGCGCUUCUCAGUACAUGACCUAUAUGAAUGUCUUCUUUACCGCCCAAAAACUGGGUAUUGUUCUUGAUGUCUGUGCUCUGGAUAAAUCUUUAAGUUUACUACAGCAGGGCUGUGAUAUUACGGGUGGUCAGUAUUUACGCCUGACACAGUUGGAUGGUUUGUUGCAGUAUCUUUUGUGGGUGUUUUUGCCGGAUCCUCAAAUGAGACAAAAAUUAGUAUUACCGCCACCCACUAAAGUAGAUUAUAGAGCAGCCUGUUUCUGUCAUCGAGAGUUAAUAGAUAUUGGCUAUGUUUGUUCCGUGUGUUUAUCGAUUUUCUGCAAGUUCAGUCCAAUCUGCACUACUUGUCACACUGUUUUCAAAGUACCUGGUCCACUGCCAACCAAACCCAAAAAGAAGAAAAAAGUAUAAAUCGUUAUAUUUUUCACAAACUUUAAUUUUCAUUAAAAAUCUAAACUACAGACUUAAAAAAUAUAAUAACUAACAAAAAAAAUUA